AUGACGACUUUUAAAUCCAUAUGCGAAGACUCACUAAAGGAGAGAAAAGAAAAUGUCGGACUUGAGAGAGUUUUGGGGAGAGUAUUUGAUGAAUUAAUUUCCGAAUUUAAGGCCAAGUUUAUUAAGAAAAUAUCCGUCCUUGUCCACGAAGUGAAGCAUAGUGACUGCGCUUUGGAAGUUGGCAAAGGUGGGGUCCAACACUAUAAACGGGAAAAAUAUGAAAACAGGCAGAAGGAGCAGGUGGGAGGGAAAACGCAUACAGAUGACACAUUGGGUGUUUAUUUAAGCAACAUCACAUAUUCAAAGAGGAAGAGCUUGUUCGAAAAAAUAAAGAAAGAGAUUGACGCCCAGGGGGAGGACCAUGUCACCGAGAGGGGAGUCUCCAGGAAGAGAUUGGCCCCGAGCGGAUUUACCACUGUAGAGGAACAAAAGAUAUACGACUCGAACGAAAAAGUAAAUGUAAUGAAUGUAGUGAAUGAUGGAAAGAAAAAAAUAGACGAAGUGAGUGUGUUGGAUAGAAGGGGUAAAUCAGUGAGUAGCGCACGAAAUUACCUCUCCGAUAUGCACAGCAAGGCGAACAGUCGGAAAUCAGGAAGGAGUACGCGGAGCAGGGACACAACUGGAGAUGGGGGCUCCAAGGGGAUUGAGCAGUUGAGGAAGUUGGACAGGGUGGAGAAGAGGAAUCUGUCGGAGGUGUCGGAGCAGAUGAGCAUGUCGGAUAUGUCGGAAAAAUCACAAAGGACGCGCACUUCGUACAAGUCAAGGACAUCACGGGUGUCCCAUGGUUCCCCCGCUUCCUGUAUUUCUCGCACAUCACGCAAGACGAACCACCCAAGGGAAGACCUAUGCACGCUGAACGGAGAGAGCAACAAAAGUGAGAAAGAUACCUACGCGAAUAUUAUAAGUAAGUACACCAUCAAACGAUUGUUUUCUAAUAGACUGCACACCGACGAGGUGGGAGACACCCAUUGUGGCAUUGAUGAACGGAGAGCAGACAUACUUCGUAGUGCCCACAUUGACAAAGCGAGGAGAUACAUGCACGAGCCAAGUAGCAUCUCUACAAAUGGGGGAAAGGCCCCAUCAAGCAAAACUAACGAAUUUAUGAAUGAAGAGAACAAAAAUUACAAAAUUGUAAAGAGAGAUUUUGACGACUGUUCGAAAAGGAGUGUCAAAUCCAAGGCGAACUCGUUGGGAUCAGAGCGUGAGCCACUUGACAUCCUCAUUGCAGAAGAGGCUAAAGAAAGGAACAAGUUGAAGGAGAUUAGGGGUAGGUCAAAUGGCUACUCUAAUAGGCAGAACGAAGUCGAGGUGAAAUCGCACAAAGGGGACUCUACAAGCAUCGACAAAAGUGAGCAGUUAUUUUUUGAAGUCAUUAGAGGGAAAAAACGGAAGCAUCUAAAGGGCUUCGAAUGCGAAGACUGCAAAUCGUUUUAUGAGGAACUCUGUUGGGAUGGUUCGGAAGAGGGAAGAAAGUACAAAGGGGGUACGAGCCACCGAUCGUGGAACAGGCAUGAAGUGAGUAAACCUGCGCAGAACGAACUUUUACUUAAAAAAGACAGGGGAAAAAAGUCUGAAGGAGAAAAUUACACAAAUCGCCUUAGUGAAUAUGUCAAUGAGAAAUAUACGAAUGGCACCCAGCCUGAUACGGUAAAGUCAUUUGGCGAGAUGGCCUUGGUAAGCAGCCCCAGAUAUUUCAAGAAUGGUGAGGGAAAUGUGGACAUGGGUUCCGGCAAAUAUGCUGAAAAAUACAUUGACAAGUUUAUGAAGAAGUUUGAGAUGAAGGAAAAGAAUAAGGGAAGUUUGGUUAAAAUGAAUCAAGUGGAGGAGGAGAAGUUUUAUGAAGUCGACGAGGUAGAUGAUACAGAGGAAGAGUUACCAACGGAGGUGGCGGAAGAUAGACGGAAAGAAAAUAAGAAAAAAAAACUGAUUCAGUCUUUUUCGCGUCACAGAUAUCAUAGCAAAGUUAAUGAUUCGCCAAAAAAUUUCUGGAGCUUCGAUUUUUUUAAAUAA